UGACGUAAUCUGAGGGGUCGUCCGGCACGGCUGAGCCAAUGUGGAGCGGCAAGGGCUCGGUUCCCCUGUUCUCAUGCCCCACCCUCGGACCUUACUGAAAGAAAGUUUCGCCCCGCCAGCAAGGGAUCCGAGUGAACAUGGCCUCGCCGAGGUGGUUCUGGUGCGUGUGUGCAACCGCGGCGGUGGCACUGCUGCUGGUUUCCAAGGUUCCUUCGGCCUCUGCCCAAAGAAAGAAGGAGAUGGUGUUAUCUGAGAAGGUUAGUCAGCUGAUGGAAUGGACCAACAAAAGACCUGUAAUAAGAAUGAAUGGAGACAAGUUCCGGCGCCUUGUUAAAGCUCCACCAAGAAAUUACUCUGUUAUUGUCAUGUUUACUGCUCUCCAACUCCACAGACAGUGUGUAGUUUGCAAGCAAGCUGAUGAAGAAUUCCAGAUUCUGGCAAACUCUUGGAGAUACUCAAGUGCAUUUACCAACAGGAUAUUUUUUGCCAUGGUGGAUUUUGAUGAAGGUUCUGAUGUAUUUCAAAUGCUAAACAUGAAUUCAGCUCCAACUUUCAUCAACUUUCCUCCAAAAGGAAAACCCAAAAGGGCUGAUACAUAUGAGUUGCAGGUGCGAGGGUUUUCAGCGGAACAGAUUGCCCGGUGGAUCGCAGACAGAACUGAUGUCAACAUCAGAGUAAUUAGACCUCCAAAUUAUGCUGGACCCCUAAUGUUGGGAUUGCUUCUGGCUGUUAUUGGUGGACUUGUGUAUCUGCGAAGAAGCAAUAUGGAAUUCCUCUUUAAUAAAACUGGGUGGGCUUUUGCAGCUUUGUGUUUUGUACUUGCCAUGACAUCCGGUCAAAUGUGGAACCAUAUAAGAGGACCACCAUAUGCUCAUAAGAAUCCCCAUACAGGACAUGUGAAUUAUAUCCAUGGAAGCAGCCAGGCCCAGUUUGUAGCUGAAACCCACAUUGUUCUUCUGUUCAAUGGAGGGGUUACCUUAGGCAUGGUGCUUUUAUGUGAAGCUGCUACCUCUGACCUGGAUAUUGGAAAGAGAAGGAUGAUGUGUGUAGCUGGAAUUGGACUUGUUGUGUUAUUCUUCAGUUGGAUGCUCUCUAUCUUUCGAUCAAAAUACCAUGGCUAUCCAUACAGCUUUCUGAUGAGUUAAAGAAGGUUCCAGAAAACAUAGACACUGUGGUAAUGGAAACUGAAAAAUAAGAGAUGUGUGGUAUUUGAAGAAUGCAACUCGUGUAUUUUAUAUUACCUCUUUUUUGUUUCAAGUAAUUUAAAUAGUUAAUCAUUUAACCAAAGAUGUGUAGUGCCUUAACAAGCAAUUGUAAGAUCAUGAAGUAUUUGGAAUUAUUCUCCUCUUAACCGUCCCUUCCCAAUAAACUUAUGAAACAGGUUGAUUUUUGUAGAAUUAAGUACUUUACAAAAAUUUAAAACUACUACUUCAUUUUACUUAGAGAAAAUUCAAAAAUACUUUAGUUAACUUUUGGUCUUCUGAUUUUAUCUUAUCUAAGGUUGGUUGGGGAUGGAAGGUUCUGGGCAGGAAUUUCCAACUCUGCCUAUUACAAAUAACUGCAUCUGGAAGCCAUCAGUAGUUUCCCUUCUUUGUGGAGAUAUAUGUGCUUUACAAAUCUCUCCUUUGGGGCCAAGGUAUCAUAUGCACUAUGAUAUGCUGAAAAUGGACCAUGUAGCCUUUUAAAGACACAUCUGUCUUCCUGUAUAUUUCCUACAGAAAUCAGAGCUACAUAUGCCCCAUACACAUUAAGAAGUACCUCUAAACUAAAGACUGUGCUUUCUGCUUGAGUGUGCUAUAACUACCAUGUGCAUGGAAAAGUUUUUGAUUGACUGUUUCUAGUUCUAUUUAAAAUGGCCUUUCUCUAAUAAUCAUAAUUUGUUGCUAAAAAUCAAUAUAACUUACAAACUGGUCUCUAAUGUUUGCCUAACUUAGACAUUGUCACUGAUCUCAUUUUUACCUAACAAAAAAAAUGAACUGAGUUGUGAUCAUGGAAAGGACUAUCUUAGAAUGAGAAAAGAAAAUCAUGAAAUAUUAAUUUGUUGCCUAUGUAUUGAAACGAAAUGUUUUGCCAGGCUUGUGGCAGACACAGGCUGAUCUCUGUGAGUUUGUGACCAGCCUGGGCUACAUAGUGAGACCCUGUCUCCAAUAAGAAGGGGAAAGAGGAGGAAGAGGAAGGAAAGGAGGAAGAACAAUGAAAUGUUUUCAAGCUGAGGCUAUGACUCAGCAGUAGAGUGCAUAGGGUGAGUGACACUCUGGGUUCAACCCUCAGUGUCACAGAAAAAAAGAAAUAUUUCUUGAAAACUGGUCUGUAUAUUACUUUCUUCAUUUGUUUGUUUUAAAGGAAUAUUCCUUGAAACAUGGUCUUUUUUUUUUAACACAUGUUCCCUGAAACAUGUGCUAUUUUUAAAAUAAGUAUUUCUUGAAACCUGGUCUAGCUUUUGUUUUUAUUUGUGUAUUAAUUUUCUAAAAGGAAUGUUUCUUGAAACUUGCUAUCUUUUUUUGCCUUUUUGAGACAUACGUGUGAUUGGUCUUGAUUGGUCUUGAGCUCCCUUAUGGAUACCUGUCCUUCCUCUAACUCACAUUGGUCCUCAUGUCUCAGCUUCUCAAGUACUGGGAUUACAGGUGUGAAUCCCAUUAACCAUAGUCUGCUUUUUGCUAUCAUUUUAGCUUUUAUUAUCCCAUAAUUUAAAGAUACAAAGAAAAGCGUUCAGCACCUGCCUCUGCUCUUAGCUACCCUGGUGGCUGAAGUAGUAUCCAUGAAGCCCAAGAAUUUGAAACACAGUCUGGCAUCAUAUCAACACCUCAUUUCAAAAAUAUGUCAGGAAAUAAAACCAUGAAGGGAUUUUAAUUUUGUCUUUUUUCUAUGAUUAUUUAAAUAAUGGUUAUAAUAUGUCUAACUCUGGCUUCCAUCAUAGUUAUAAAGAGUAACCAGAAAUGCCACAGUUAUCAAAGUGUGAGGUUGGAAUGUACCUCAUUGACAGCAUACUUGGCUAGCAUUUGUAAGGCCAUGAAUUCCGUCCCCAGUAUCACAAAAACAGGAGAAUUUUAACUGUGAAAAAUAUCAAGAAUAUUAGAAAUAUCACAUUUCAAAGAUACAGUUUAUAUUGUGCUCGCCUAGCAUACAUGAAGCCAUGGGUUGUAUCCAGAAGAUCACCUAAGCCAGGCAUGGUGGUAUAGGCAGUAUGCUCAGAGACAGGAAGGUCAGAAGUUCAAGCUCAUCUUUGGGUAGAUGGUGAAUUGAAGGCCAGCGUGAGCUACAUAAGACCCAUCCCAAAGACGAAAAAAAAAGAAAAAGAUACUGUCACUGGUUCCUGCUAUUAAUGAUGGACUAGCCCUUCCAUGUCUUGUAUAAUAGAGGUGGGGAAGGGGGUGGACAUAAUUGGCCCAGAAGAAAUGUUGCUUGUUUUUUCUUGUUGUUAUUACUAAUUUGAUGAGUAGGAGGAUACAGUAGAUCAUUCCUUGUAAAUUGAGUGAUUCCUUAUCUGCUGUUCUUGUAGUUGUCUCUGCCAAAUGAAUUUAUGCUGUGAUGCUUAGGAAGCUCCUGUGAAGACUUGUGAAGUUGAACUGGGCAGCACUCCUGCUGUGUACCCUCUAUAGCUCUCAGUGUCUCCCAUGGUCAGUGUUUUGUCUGUUUCCUCUGUUAAGAGCAACAUUCUUCAGUAUAGAGAAAGGCAUGUUGUCGCUAAAAUCUGUGGAAAGCAGAUUUUCUCCCCUUAACAUAGUGUUACUUUUGUAGAAAUUUUAAAUUUAGCUUUUAUCUGAAGUGCCUUAAAUAGAUUCUUAAUUUACAUUUCUAGUACUGGUUUAAAUAUAAUUCAUUAUGUAUUUUUAAUAUACUGUUCAAAAAGGAUACAUUAUUGUAGCAAAGAUAACCAAAUGUCUGGCUUACUGCUUCCUGACAAUAAACUUUUACAAUCUAAA